AUGUUCAGGGAAAUCCGAGUUGGGCCAGAUACAUUUGGAGCUUUUCGAGGGUCAGCAAUGAGAAACAGACAUGUUCAGCUACGUCUCCGGCCAGCAAUGUUCAGAGACCACAUUGCUGAAGCUACGAGGUGCACCUUUCAAAUGAAGGUUCGGGAUCGACAAACAGGCCAAGACCUGCUGACGCCAGAGCCGUACACUGUAGUCCCGCCAGCCAAUGAGAGAACCCAAGGAUUUAGGGUUCCCCCGAAUUCGGGCAUUGGCACAACUUUAAUACAAAUCUAUCAAGGAGCUUCUUUCGCAGGGCGGUUGUGCGAGAUAACCACUACGAUUACGAUACCUCAAGCGCAGUUUAGAAUCACGGAGUGGGAGCUGCUGCCACCGUCAACUCCUCUACAUCUCGAUUGGCGUUUUCGACUUCUAGAAGACAAGUUGGCUUUUUUAUCUCGCACAAUAAGAUCCGCUCACGACUUUCUCCUUGUUUGUCGUGAUGGACAGAUGUAUACGCCCAAAGAAGCCCUGUACUUCUGUUCACCUUUCUUCCGGGAGUAUUUCAACGGGACAGGGAGAGACUCCGAAAAGAUGGAGCUCUUGGAUGUAGCAGUCGAAGCUGCGAGGACGGUUGUGACAUUUAUGGUCACCUCAACCUUCUCAGCACCACCGGCGAUUUCACCGUCACUUGCAAGAGAUAUCUUCAAUUUGGGAAAUAGGUUCGAUGUCAUGCAACUCGGUAGUUUGAUGGUAGCAGUGGAACGACUGGGUUACAUGGAUGUUAUUGAAAUUAGCGAAUCCAUGGAUACUCUGAUAGAAUGGUUCGUAACUGCACAUGAAUGCCAUAUGAACAGAGUUCAGAACGCAGCUGUCGCCUACCUCACCACCCUUCAUCAGUCGCAAUACCUAGCUGAAUACGGUGAUGGAGAAGUUCCUAAACCGCGGACUGCUUCUGAACGGCUGAAUCGGGGCCAUGGAGGAUUCAGGACGACACCUCAUGUAGGGAAACCAAUUGAACGCUAUUCUGUCAGUAAUUAG